GCCUCACCUGCCAUGGUGGUUCCCAGAUGCCCCCCGGCCCUGGGUGGGGUCGGCCUCGGGAUCUUAGCCGCCCUGCUGCUUCUGGCCUCGGCAGCCACCUUGGAUGCUGCCAGGAUGCCUGAGCCCACGGCCUGUGGGAAGCCACUGCAGCUGAACCGCAUCGUGGGGGGCGAGGACAGUGCUGACGCCGAGUGGCCGUGGGUCGUGAGCAUCCAGAAGAAUGGGACCCACCAUUGUGCGGGCUCCCUGCUCACCAGCCGCUGGGUGGUCACUGCCGCCCACUGCUUUAAGGGCCGUCUGAACAAGCCAUCGCAGUUCUCUGUGCUGCUGGGGGUCUGGCAGCUGGACAACCCUGGCCUUCGGUCCCAGAAGGUGGGGAUUGCCUGGGUGCAGCCCCACCCCAUGUACUCCUGGAAGGAGGGUGCCCGUGCCGACAUCGCCCUGGUGCGCCUUGAACGCCCCAUCCAGUUCUCUGAGCGAAUCCUGCCCAUCUGCCUCCCUGAUAACUCCGUCCAUUUCCCUCCCAACACCGACUGCUGGAUCGCAGGCUGGGGGAGUAUCUACAAUGGAGUGCCCCUGGCCCACCCUCGGACCCUGAAGAAGCUGAAGGUUCCCAUCAUCGACACAAACGUCUGCAGCCGCCUUUACUGGUGGGGAGCUGGGCAGGGAGCCAUCACCGAGGACAUGCUGUGCGCCGGCUACCUGGAAGGGGAGAAAGAUGCCUGCCUGGGUGACUCCGGGGGCCCCCUCAUGUGCCAAGUAGACGGGACCUGGCUGCUGGCCGGCAUCAUCAGCUGGGGCGAGGGCUGCGCGGAGCGCAACCGCCCGGGCGUCUACAUUAGCCUGACGGCCCACCGCUCCUGGGUCCAGAGGAUCGUGCAAAGGGUGCAGCUCCGCGGCCACUCGCAGGGGAAAGGGGCCGGGAGAGCGCCGCGGAGGGCCUCCUAG